AUUGUAGAAAGUGCAGGUCUCAGAACAGUCAUGAUGGCGUCUGUAAUUUGUGACAGUGUUUUGGUAACCGGGUCAAACAGGGGAAUUGGACUUGAGCUGGUUCACCAGCUAGUUGAUUUACCCAAAUCUCCAGGUCACAUCUUUGCAGGCUGUAGAGACCCAGGUGGACCAAAAGCUCAGGAACUUCGGGAUCUCGCUCAGAAGCACCAGGGUGUGAUCACUGUUGUGCAACUUGAUACAGAUAGUCCAGAUAGCAUCAAAGAGGCUUCAAACUUAGUGGAAUCCAAGCUGAACGGCAAAGGCUUAAAUCUGAUCAUCAACAAUGCUGGUGUGAACAUCCCAGGUUCCCUAGUGGAGACAGGCAAAAAGGAGAUGGUGGAUUCGUACACGACUAAUGUUGUAGGACCCAUGCUCAUUGCAAAGAAUUUCCACCCCCUCUUGUGUAAAGCUGCAGCUCAGUUUCCUCAGUCAAGCAUGUCUUGCAGUAGAUCGGCUAUUGUCAAUGUCUCCACACUGCUGUCAUCCAUCACAAGAUGCCCUGAGAAUUUCUACAGGUCUCCAAUGUACCCCUAUCGCAUCUGCAAGGCUGCACUGAACAUGUUAACUCGCUGCUUGGCGGAGGAUUUCAGAAAAGAUGGCAUUCUUGUUGCGUCUCUCCAUCCAGGAUGGGUCCAGACAGAAAUGGGAGGCCCACAGGCUCCCCUGACGACAGCUGAGAGCGUCAGCGGCAUGAUAAAAGUCAUCACAAGCCUCACUGAGAAAGACAGCGGGACUCUUUUAGAUUGGGAAGGCAAUAACAUCCCUUGGUGAUUGUGCAAGGCAUCUUGUAUGUCAGUUUGACAUGUACUUCCACAUCUUUGUGUCUGCGGUUUGUGCAAAAAAAA